CCGCCGCCUCACCUCCUCCACUCCACUCUCGCCCAUCCUCUGCUUCCCCCUCGCGAAUCCUCCCAACACCCCGCCGGCGGCCCGCGACCUCGCUCCGCCGCGCGAGAUGAUGCUCCCCCGGCUCCUCCUCCUCGCCUUCGUCGUCUCCGUACCGCCGCGCGCUUCCGCUGCCGGCGGCGGCGAGGGGUUCUGCUCGGCGGAGCCGUCGGCGUCGAGCGAGUGCUCCGGGCGGCCGCCGCCGCCGCCGCUCUACUGGAAGGUCACCAACCCAACCCUGGCGCCCGCGCACCUCCAAGAUUUACCUGGCUUCACACGUAGUGUUUACAAGAGGGAUCAUGCUUUGAUUACACCAGAAAGCCAUGUAUUCAGUCCUUUGCCUGAUUGGGUCAACACAUUAGGAGCAUAUUUAAUUAGCCCAGCUAUUGGGGCACAUUUCACGAUGUACCUGGCAAAAAUGCAUGAUGGAUCAAAAUCAGCCCUACCACCAAAAGGUGUUGAAAGGCUUAUCUUUGUACUCCAAGGAAGUAUUCUACUGUCUCUGGAGAGUGGAAAUACCCAUUCUUUGCUGGUGGACUCUUAUGCUUAUCUUCCCGCAAACAUGAAGCACACUGUGGUCUCUGAUGAACUAACUACUCUUGUAAUCUUUGAGAGGAGGUACGCAACCAUUGAGGAUUACCAUCCUGAUCCCAUUAUUGGUUCAACGGAUAAACAACCCCUUCUUGAAACCCCAGGAGAGGUAUUUGAGUUGAGGAAGCUGCUACCCACUUGUCUGCACUACGACUUCAAUAUCCAUAUAAUGGAUUUUCAGCCUGGCGAAUAUCUUAAUGUGAAGGAGGUUCAUUACAAUCAACAUGGGUUGCUGCUUUUAGAGGGGCAAGGAAUAUACCGAUUGGGAGACAGCUGGUACCCGGUGCAAUCAGGCGACACAAUUUGGAUGGCUCCGUUUGUGCCUCAAUGGUAUGCUGCCCUUGGUAAAACCAAGACAAGGUACCUGCUGUAUAAAGAUGUCAAUAGGGACCCACUGAUAUGAGGAAAGCAAACACUUCCUGACCGACGGGAAUAAAUAAAAUUGGAGAGCUAUGCUGGUCUUGAAGAGUCCCUGUGGAAGAUGAUCUCAGAAAAAAAAAAAGAGAAAGUUCUUGUUAGCUGAUGAACCGCUCAAAAUGAUGAAUCAACGCACGAAUAUCGAAUCUGCACAUGGAAUGUUCAGUUCAGGCUACCCACUGGUUCUUAUUGGCCAAUUCACACAAACACAAAAAAAAUGAUAUAUUUUUUUUUUCUGGACGGCACUGGCCUAUGCUGUGGCUCUUCAGAAACCUGUAUUGCCUAACCCCUUGAAAAGCCGAAACAAUGCGUCGCUGUAAUGAAGACUGGUACCUGAUUCGAAGACGAGUGCCUUUUUUCCUUUUAAUUUCAAAGCAUCGGAUAUGUGGCUACAUGUCGAACA